GCUUCUCGUCAUUCAAAACAAAUGACCAGAGCUUGGAGACCUCUGAGCAUAGCACAGAAUCCAGUCUGUAUUUUUUUUUUUAGCUUGUUUCGCUCCUUUUACUCUUUUUAAAACUUCCCUCUCGCUUCUAGCGUGACUCCCACCCCUCGCAGUUCCCUCCCCCCGCCUGCCCUGGCGCUUCCAGCUCCAGCAGGUCCGGACCGCUGACACUCUCUCCUCUGUGUGAAUGUGUUUGGGAAAGAGGGUGUAUGUGUGUGUCUCCAUUGAGAACAUUUUUUCAAACUCUUUGUGACAGAGGAGAGGAGUCCCCCCCGUGGUGCUGUGAUUUGACUGUCCAAACAGCCCGCUUCAGAGGACAUCCAUCCUCCAGCGGGCUCCUGGGACAGUGGAGAUUAACCUCACAGCCCCUCAGACUUAGAACAUCUGAAGCUUCUCUACAUCUGAGGCAUCAGCCCCCGUAGAGAGGAGCAGCUUGAAGUCUCUCCUCUUGUUUCAAGAGAAGGAGGAGUAAGGGACCGACUACUGGAUACAUAGAGAAGAAGAGCGAAGAGAAGGAGGCUCAUCUGUGUUUUAGGGCUCCUUCGGAAGAACGUGAGCGGUUCCACGAUGAGGAGUGUGGCCAUCCUCACUCUCCAUGUGACAAUCACAGCCCUCCUGUGUCUCUCCACUGACGUUUUCUGCCUGGAGGUCACGCCCCGUGACGGCCAGAUUGUCCUGGCCAAGGGCUCCUCUCUCACACUCACCUGCACGGGCCGGGGGGAGACCACCUGGACGUUCAAGAGGGAUGAUGUGCCUUAUUUCCAGGUAGAUCAAGGCCGAAACGGCGUGCAGAGCUACCAAAUUUUGCAAAAUGGCGCCAAGUCCAGUGCUUUGAGCCUGUGGGAUGUGAGCUGGAAGCACACUGGGGUGUAUCAGUGCACUGAUGGACUCACUGGAGAAACGAAGGAGGUGGUCGUCUUUGUUCCAGAUCCUCAGAUAUGGUUCGUUGAGAGUGCCCACGGCAUGCUGACCAAGACCAGCGACGAGACCACCAUCCCCUGUGUGGUCACCAACCCAAAGAUCAAUGUCACCCUCUAUGAGAAGGAAACCGACUUCCCAGUCAAGGGGCUGUAUGUGGCCAGUGAGGGGUUCACUGCGCCCCUAGAGGAUAGGACAUACGUGUGUCGCGGAGAGCUUCACGGAGAAGUAAAAGAGUCCCAAGCUUUCUACGUCUUCAGUAUCAUCGUCCCAGAGGCCAUCGACGCCUACAUCAACGCAUCAAAGACGGUGCUGAAGCAGGGCGAGCCUCUGACGGUCAACUGCACCGUGCACGGAGCCGAGCUGGUCUUUUUUUCUUGGGACGUCCCCAACAGGGAGGCUGCAGACGUGGAGCCGCUAACAGACGUCCUGUCAGCCAUGAACAUGAGAUCCUGCCUCAUCUUCCCUAACGCCACGCUGGCCCACAGCGGAAACUAUGUGUGCCAAGUCCAUGAGGGGGUCCAGGACCAGACGGCCUCCGCCAAUGUCAACAUCACAGUGCUUGAGCGAGGCUUCGUGGCCAUACGUCCGGCUGAGGAUCAGAAGGUUUCGGCCCUGCUGCAGAAGAACGUGGAGCUGCGAGUGGAGAUGGACGCCUACCCUCCCCCUCAGGUCACAUGGAGCAAAGACGGCACCGCCAUCAGUGGAGACAAAACCAUCAUUAACAGACAAGAGCAUGAGAUCAGGUAUGUCAGCAUCCUCACGUUGGUGCGAGUGAGGCCGGAGCAGAGGGGCCUCUACACCGCACACGUCACCAAUGGAGACGACACUAAGGAGGUGACCUUUGACCUGGAAGUCCAAGUUCCGUCUCACAUUAAAGAUCUGACUGACCACCACCUUCCUGGGAAGAGACACCUAGUGACCUGUGUAGCUGAGGGGGUCCCAACCCCGUCCAUACAGUGGUACAGCUGUGACAGCAUGCUCAAGUGCAGCAACAAGACUGCAAUAUGGCAACCGCUGGCACCAGAAGCUGAGGUGCUGAGCAUCCAGACCAACGUUACCUACAGCGAGAGCCGCAAAACCAGCCAGGUGUGGAGCCGCUUGACCUUCCACAAGCCGCAGCAGGUCACUGUGCGCUGCGAGACCAGAAACCAAGCGGGGACGAUGGACAGAAGAGACGUCAAACUGGUGUCCAGCACACUCUUCUCCCAGGUGGCAGUAUUGGCUGCAGUUCUGGCCUUAGUAGUCAUCAUCAUCCUGUCCAUCAUCAUCCUUAUUGCCAUAUGGAGGAAGAAACCUCGCUAUGAGAUUCGAUGGAAGGUGAUCGAGUCAGUGAGCCAGGAUGGUCACGAGUACAUCUACGUAGACCCCAUCCACUUGCCCUAUGACCUCACCUGGGAGAUGCCCCGGGACAACCUUGUGCUGGGUCGCACUCUUGGAUCAGGAGCCUUUGGCAGAGUGGUUGAAGCAACAGCGUAUGGUCUCGCUCAUUCUCAGUCCAGCACAAAAGUGGCAGUGAAAAUGCUGAAAUCAACAGCCAGGAGGAGUGAGACUCAAGCCCUGAUGUCAGAGCUGAAGAUUAUGAGUCACCUGGGUCCUCACCUCAACAUCGUCAACCUACUGGGAGCCUGCACCAAACAUGGACCUCUGUACCUGGUGACUGAGUACUGUCGCUAUGGUGACUUGGUGGACUACCUGCACAGAAACAAGCACACGUUCUUGCAGUAUUUUGCUGAGAAGAACCAAGAUGAUAGCAGCCUGAUCUCCAGGGGAAGCAGCCCGCUCAGUCAAGGCAAAGGCUAUGUGUCUUUUGGAAGCGAGAGUGAUGGAGGCUACAUGGACAUGAGCAAAGACGAGCCCUCCAUCUACGUUCCCAUGCAGGAGCAGAUCGACACCAUCAAGUACGCUGACAUCCAACCGUCUCCAUAUGAGUCCACCUACCAGCAGGACCUUUACCAGGAACAAGUCGGAGGCCGGCCAGACCUGGUCAUCAAUGACUUGUCCACUCUCACCUAUGACGACCUGCUGGGUUUCAGCUACCAAGUGGCAAAGGGGAUGGAGUUCCUCGCGUCCAAGAAUUGUGUUCAUCGUGACCUUGCCGCCAGAAAUGUGUUGAUCUGUGAGGGCAAACUGGUGAAGAUCUGUGACUUUGGACUGGCCAGAGACAUAAUGCACGAUUCCAACUACAUCUCUAAAGGCAGCACUUUCCUGCCCCUCAAGUGGAUGGCACCGGAAAGCAUUUUCCACAAUCUGUACACAACUUUGAGCGAUGUGUGGUCCUACGGCAUUCUUCUCUGGGAGAUUUUCACACUGGGAGGAACCCCCUACCCGGACCUGCCCAUGAAUGAGAUGUUCUACAGCGCUUUGAAGAGAGGCUACAGAAUGUCCAAACCUGUGCACGCCUCUGAUGAAGUCUAUGAGAUUAUGAAGAAGUGCUGGGAUGAAAAGUUUGAGAAGAGACCUGAGUUCUCCUUCCUUGUCCACAGUAUGGGCAACAUGCUGACUGAAUGUUAUAAAAAGAGAUACAGCCAAGUCAACGACAACUUCCUGAAGAGCGACCACCCGGCUGUGGCGCGCACCAAGCCGCGCCUCGCCUCCCCGCUUCCUAGACCUGUCGCCCUCUCCUUCCCUGCAGACCCCCGCAGCCGGGGCUCAAACCCGGCGGCCUCGCAGGAAGUCAUCCCUUCCUACAACGACUACAUCAUCCCCAUCCCGGACCCCAAGCCUGAAGACGCCUUCACUGACAUGGAGUCAGAAAGCCCAGUGAGCUCCGUGGCUCUGGAGCUGGAGGAGACUGACUCCUUGUCCCAGGACACGGCAGACACCCUUCCAGAGGAGGAGCGGCUGGAGGGCAGCAGCGAGAGAGACGCCCUGCUGGCUUCCUCGGGCACGCCUGAGGUAGAAGACAGCUUUCUGUAGUCGCAUUUCAGGAUCCUGGGGAAACAACCCUUUAACUGGGACUUUUUUCUUUUCAUUGAACAAGCUGUAAACAGGGAACGUGACUAAAGUAGAAUGUAGCAACAUGAAGACUAAAAGAGGCUUUGUAUUUCCACUGGGUACUCAAGAAGCUUUGUCCUUUUAUAUAUUCUUUUUUUCUCACACUCAAUGCCUCUGAAAGUCCCUCAAUAAUAAGCAUGAUGGUGUCAUUAUUAGAACGCUGCCAUGACACACGUACAGUACAUUCCUCACCAUAUUCCAGCAUAUUGCCCGUCAUUAUAUUUUUGCAAAUAUUGUCACUUUUUCCAUUGUUUUUUCUUAGUUAAAUAAAUAUUCAUGACUGUUACAGAUGUUUGAUACCUAGGUCUUAUAUUAAGAAACAAGUACAAGCAAACCACAAACGCUCCAGUUGAAAUGCAGUCUGAUUUUCUAUGCACCGUUUCGAUAUCCCAUAAUACCAUAUUGACCCAAAUAUAAUACCAUUCCUUAGAAAAAGGUCUGAAAAAGACAGGCCGUCUUAUACAGGUAUUUGGGGUCUAGGGAUUUAAAAAUGCAAAAUGACGGGUGGCGGCAAGAUUUUCCCCAAGCUUUUCUUCCUAUCACUCACACACACACACACACACACCAAUUACCUGGAGAGAUGCAGCAGCAAUCGCUGAUAUUGAAAGAUAUUUGGGGUUGUCUUAUAUUGGGGUCAAUACAGUAAUAGAUGGUUGCAGAAACUAAUACUCAUGACAACACUAUGAAAUGUUUUUGUCGUAUUGAAUCAAUUUUGAGUUCUGUGUUUUGUUUCUAUGACGUGUAUAUGCCGUCAAUUGUAGGUUUGUGCCAGAUUUGCACUUUAUGUAGAAAAUAUAUGUAUAUUCAUGAUAAAGGUACGUUACAAUUGUUCACUCUGUUACAACUUUAAAGUCCUCGCUGUCAUGUGGAAAACAUUUGUGAAAUGUUUGAAAUUAGCAUGCAUCACUUUAUUCCAAUGGUUUUAUUUUUGGUUAAAUCAAAUGCAAAGGGCAAAAGUAUUUAGACACCUCGUGGACUCAUUGAUCAAUUCGGGGUUAGCCUUGACCUCUUAAUUUCUCCUGACUGCUAGUUUUUCAUCAUACCAAGACAAUUUGCAGCAGAGUGCAUGAAGGCGUGGUUGGAUGAGUUUGGCGCACCAUAAAUCCCCCAACAUGUUAUAAAAAGUCUUCCCAGAACAGUGAGCUACAAAAUCGGGUCUGAAUCUAUGUUUUACUUCCCACUUCCUGUAGAUGGCAUGUCUGAAUACUUUUGUCCUCAUAGUGUUAUUACACUCUCGAUCAAAAUUAGAAGACUAGUUGAAAAGAAGAAUUUACAUUUUGCACUCUUGGUUCUUAAGGGUCUUAAGGGUUCUAAGUAGAGCGUCAAAAUGCAAGAACAAGAAAUAGAAGUGAGACAAAAAAGCAAAGUUAAGACCGUAGCUAAAAAACAUCAACAGCAAAAAACCCCUAAAAUAGAAAUAAAAUGUUCAAUAAAGCGCUUAGUAAUGAGCAGCUGCGCCAUUCUUGUUAAUCAUCUCAAAAAUGGUUUUGGGCAUGUUUGAUGCCAGUGUUUCCAGGAGGCUAGUGGGAAUGUUGCUCCAGAUGGCUUCACAGAGGGCAUCCACUGUCUGGAACUGAUGUCCAUUUGUGUAAACUUCCCUUGCCAUUCAUCCCCAAAUGUUCUCAACUGGAUUUAGAUCAGGGGAACACUCAGGAUGGGCCAAAAGAGUGAGGUUAUUCCUCUGGAAGAAGUCCUUUGUCAGGCGGGGAUUGUGAACUGCGGCAUUGUCCUGUUGAAAAAGCCAGUCAUUACCACACAGACGAGGGCCUUCAGCCAUGAGGGAUGCCCCCUGCAACAUCUCCACAUAGCCCUUCGUCGUUUGACGCCCCUGCACAACCUGAAACUCCAUUGUCCCAUUGAAGGAAAAAGAUCAUGAUGGCGCCCCCUCCACUGUGCUGUGUGGAAAACAUCUCAGGUGGGAUCUCCUUGUCAUGCCAGUAACGUUGGAAGCCAUCAGGACCAUCAAGCUUACAUUUUUUCUCACAAGAGAAUAAAACUUUCUUCCACCUUUCAUUGUCCCAUGUUUGGUGCUCUUGUGCAAAUUCCGAAUGGGUAAUUUAGUGACUUUUUUUUUUCUUAAAAUCCUUCUCUCACAGAUGUCGUCUGAUGGUUAUUGGACUGAACUCGGCACCAGGAACAACCUUCAUUUGGGCUGAGGACCGUCCCGUGUCUUGAUGGCCAGCCAGUGGGAUCCUCAGGAUCAGGUGACAUUGGCCGGUGUAGACCACUGCUUUUGGGGUAGACCACUGGACUUUUUUGUUCCAUUACCCUGAGGAUCUUUGAAGAAGUUUCAAAUGACUGUCUUACUGCGUCCAACCUCAGCAACAAUGGCACGCUGUGAGAAGCCUUGCUUAUGCAGAUCAACAAUCCCCCUGCGUUCAAAGGUCGCCUUUGCCAUCAAGUGAUCAUGACAAUGUGAAUACCUGACAGAAAAUGACACUGAAUCCACAAGAUUUGGGCUUUUAAUGGCUGGAGUCUUAAACUUUGAUGAACAGCCUAUUUGGCUUUCAUGACUGUUUGCAAUAAAUUGCUUAGUCAAAAAAUGUAUUGCCUCAUUUCCAUUUCUUCAUUUUGAAUCCCUACUUUGAACCUCCUUAAGAUCCAACACUGCAAAAUGUAAAUUCUUGCAAUUUUUCUACUGGUCUUAACAUUUUCAUCAGGAAUGUCUAUACGAAUAACAUGAAAAAGCAAAGCAAAAUACAGACAGAAAGAAAUGUAUGUUUUCUGCCUAUCAGCGAGGAUGUGUGGUUGAAGCCGACUUGGGGUGACUGUGUGGAAAAAAAACAAGAAUAAAUACAGCAUAUCACUGCCUUCGCACAAACUGAAACAAAUGAGUGCCUGUUCUUUUUUGACAGAAUGUAUGGAUUAUUGUAGCACAUUGCAGAAAGGCUACCGUGCGUGCUCAUAAACAUCCUGUGUUACUUCCACUUUAGACUGUGUUCACUGUGUUCAAACAACCACAAGCUAUGCAACCAAAGCUACACACAACUUGUGUGUUUGUCUGUCAUGUCCAUUUUGUGGCUGACAAUAAAUGUCUAUUA